AUCUCGGUUUCUAUCCGGGGGUUGUAUUUAAAGUUUCUGGAAAAGAGUCAUAGAUAAAGUGUUUUGGAUUUGAAGUGUAAAAAAAAGAGGAUGUUUACGUCUGCAAUCUGGAUUUUCAUUAUCCCAUGUUUUUACUGUGGAACUUCGUUAGCUGAUGAAAGUUGGAAAAACAACCCAGUAAUCAACGUCACUAUAUUAGACCAUGUGUUUUGCCAGCAAAAACAAAUAAAAGCAACAUUCUGUAUUCACUGUGGAUCCGAUUUCCCUGACUCUGUCGCAGUUUCAAUAGUGAAAGGUGAAGAUGAUACAAACGGGGAGUAUCAGAUGUUAUGUGUGCCACCUGAAUGGAUGUGCUCUGGUCCAAUGAAAGGAACAUACAAUACAACAAGUGAUGCACUGGAAAUAAGUUUUAUAUUCAAUCUCACAGUCUAUGAGGACCAUUACCUUAAGAUAAUACAUGAGAGAAAUGGCAGUCAGGAAUAUCAGCAAAUCCCUCUAAAACAAUACAACAACCCAGUAAUCAACAUCACUGUAUUAGACCAUGUGUUUUGCCAGCACGAACAAAUAAAAGCAACAUUCUGUAUUCACUGUGGAUCCGAUUUCCCUGACUCUGUCGCAGUUUCAAUAGUGAAAGGUGAAAAUCAUACAAACGGGGAGUAUCAGAUGUUAUGUGUGCCACCUGAAUGGAUGUGCUCUGGCCCUAUAAAAGGAACAUACAAUACAACAAGUGAUGCACUGGAAAUAAGUUUUAUAUUCAAUUUCAGUCUAUGAGGACCAUUACCUUAAGAUAAUACAUGAGAGAAAUGGCAGUCAGGAAUAUCAGCAAAUCCCUCUAAAACAAUACAAACAUUCAAUAAUGAACGGCAUUGUCACUGGCGCUGUGUUUUGUCAAGAUGAACAAAAAGAAGCAACAUUAAGAUUCAUUGAUAUUCUGGACGAAGAUUUUUUCGCAAACACGUUCUCUAUAUUUCCGGAUGAUACAACAAAUGAUGCACUUGAAAUGAAUUUUACUUCCAUUUUCACAGCCCUUGAAAGAUAUUCCUUUAUGAGAACACGUGACAGAAACGGCUAUCAUAAAUAUCGGAGAAUUCUGCUCAAACCAUACAACAACCCAGUAAUCAACGUAGCUGUAUUAGACCAUGUGUUUUGCCAGCAAGAACAAAUAAAAGCAACAUUCUGUAUUCACUGUGGAUCCGAUUUCCCUGACGCUGUCGCAGUUUCAAUAGUGAAAGGUGAAAAUAAUACAAACGGAGAGUAUCAGAUGUUAUGUGUGCCACCUGAAUGGAUGUGCUCUGGUCCUAUAAAAGGAACAUACAAUACAACAAGUGAUGCACUGGAAAUAAGUUUUAUAUUCAAUCAAACAGUCUAUGAGGAGCAUUACCUUAGGAUAAUACAUGAGAAAAAUGGCAGUCAGGCAUAUCAGCAAAUCCCUUUAAAACAAUACAAACAGUCAAUAAUCAACCACCAUGUCAAUGGCGUUCUGUUUUGGCAAAACAUACGAAGGAAAACACUCUUCGGAAUUCGCUUUUAUCCAUUACGACUCAUUCGUCUUCGAUUGAGGGGUGAUGGAGAUCUCGCAAACACGUUCUCUAUAUUUCUGUACGAUACAUUAAAUGAUGCACUGGAAAUGAGUUUUCCUUUUAAUUUGACAGUCCUUGAAGGAUAUUGCAUUAGGAUAAUACAUUACGGAAACGGCAAUCAGGAAUAUCAGCAACUUCUCAAACCAAACAGUGUUACAAUUGCGGCAUAUCUUCAGCCAUAUUUUGCCUUAUCCAGUUCUAGAAAUGCAGCGAAACAAAGAUGUAACUUACCUGUUGGAAGUUGUCUACAUCAUGUAUUAAGACACAGGAGACAAACUUAUCACACAAAAUGUUCAUACGGAUAUUACGGUAUCAGAUGCGAGAAUAGAUGCAGUGAAAACUGCUACUUGACCAGACGAUGUGACAGGGUUACUGGUCGAUGUUACAUGGGGUGUAAACCAGGCUGGACCACCACAACGUGUAAGCAGAAGUGUCCUAUUGGAACUUUUGGACCUAACUGUCGCCAAGAGUGUGGACAUUGUAUUCGAGAGGACCAAUGUCAUUUUAUCAAUGGAAACUGCUUAAAAGGGUGUUCAUCAGGAUACAAAGGAAAAAGAUGCAAAUAUCAGUGUUCCACUGACUAUUUUGGAAGUAACUGUUCGAACAAAUGCAGCGCUUAUUGUAGAGGAAACUCAUCGUGCAAUCAUAUAACGGGAGUAUGCAAUGAAGGUUGUAAAGCAGGAUGGUCUGGUGACAAGUGUGGACGUACAAGUGGUGAUUCGACAAAUGCCAUCCCUCCUAUUCUUGCCGGUUAUGUUCUUCAAGUUGCCGUGUUUGCUGUUGUUAUAUGUGUAUUUUAGUAAUUUUGUGAUUGACACAUUUAAAUAACAUCGCGUUCAAAGUGUGCAUCACUUUAAUUCGAUAGGUAUGCUACAAUACAUUUAUUGUUUAUCUAUUUUGCUUUCUUCCAACGAACAUUACAGACUGACUUAAUUUGUGUUGUUGAUUAUAAACUAAUAAACUAAAUAAUAGACCUAUCAUAAACUUAGCUUCAAAUUUGAUAAAAGAGAAUCUAAUAUUUAGCUAAUAAUUUUUGUGUGUAUUAUGUUUACACUAUAAUAUUUGAAGUGAUGCUUUAUAUGAUUUUAUUAUUGUAGAUAAUACGAAGU